CGCAGACAAACUGACGACUGAAAUCCACGUCUCUUUCAAAGAUCCUUCGCACAAAGGCUCAUUCCUCUUUUCACAGAACACUUAAAACCAGAUCGCCACCAUGAAGAUCUUUCUCUCCUUGCUUUCCUUCCUUGCCUUGUUCGCUCUUGUUGAUGCGGAGCAGACCCUCUUUGCCCAGGACUUCAAGUCCAAUUUGGAUGUGGCAAGAGACAGCACGAAACUGGGCAAUCCCGCCCAAAAGCGCGCACGAAAGUCGGGCUACACCUACGUCGACAAGUUCCGCACCGAAGCCACCAGCACCGUGACCUCCAUGGGAACAAAGGUUGACACCAAUAUUGUCAUGCAGAUUGAAAACGAGAUGGCGGUGAAGGACGUCGACGGCGGCGGACAGCAACUCGCUGUCAAUACCACUCGCAUGAUGACUCAUAUGACCACGUUUGGUUUGAAUCUAUCCUGCGACUCUGACAAAUCCACAAACGCUGCAACUUGCAAGGAUGUUUUGGACAUGGUCGGAACAACGUUGACUUUGAUCACUGACGAUGACGGCAACAUUGUGGAGGCCAGCGGCCCCGGCGCCCAGACAGCUGAGCAGGUAGGCUCGUUGUUGCAUGGAAGCUCCGGCGAAGACAAGGACUCCACGCAUCUCAAGGACCAAAUGCUCGCAAUCUCCCGUGUGUUGAAGUUUGUUCCUGGAAAGGCAGUCAAGCCCGGCGACACCUGGAUGACGAACGUUGAUAUGGGCGAAUUGGGUUCGUUGCACGGGGUCAGCAAGUUGACGGGUUACAGGGACUUCAACGGCAUUGACUGCGCUGUUGUUUUGAUGGAUGGAAAGCUACACAUGGAUGUCGGGAAGCUCAGCAAGACGAUGGGACUUCCCUCAGAUAGCUUCGCAGACGACUUCGUCGAUGCUGACAUGACGCAGGCACUGUUCUGGGACUACGACGAGGACUUGGCACUCUGGUCGGAAGCCAACAGCUCGUAUGUGCUUCGGAUGAAGGAACCUUUGAGCGGGUCCUUGUUGGACAUUCCUGCCAGGUCUACCGAGUAUAUCAUGACGAGCAUCAAGGAAAAGGGGGGCACUACACCUGAAGAGGAGUCUUCCAAACCUGAGGAUGCUCCCGACCAGGCGCAAGCCACGGAAAGAUCCGGACAAAGCAGCGACGCAACAAAGACGAGGACAAGCAAGGGCGCCACGGCAUUCGGUAUUGCAUUGGUUAUCGUUGUGGCUUCUGUAGCCGUAGUCGUCGCGACGAUUACUGUUGGCCGGCGCCGUGCUCAGAAGAGCAACCGCCCGACUGAGGGCGAAGGUUUGGUGGUGGGUCCGGGUGUGUUGGCCUGAUCUUGUGUUUGUUGGAGCAGAAUCUCCCAUAACUUUAUAAGGAAACUUCAUUCUACGGCGAUCAAGGCUACCGUACUGUAGAUGCAAUCAUC